UGUCCAAUAUUAAAUAUGAUAUCUGGCUGUGGCUCUUAUGAUCCUCUGAUGCUUUUAUGGUUCCGGCUUAGUACCCAUUAUGAAAACAGCUCUUAAACUCCAUGUCAACUUUUCAGGAAGACAAACACUGAUGCUGCAAUAACAGUCAACAACGUAUUUGACGUCCCUCUGCAAGCUACGUAUGGGGUUUCCCUGAGCGGAGUGAAGUCAUACAUCCAGAUUGGUUCACAGACAAUAUCAGGACAACUGACCGUCCAGCUGACCGUCACAAACAUACAGCCAUCUGCCAUGCUCUUCUACAUCUAUGGUGGCCAGAACCUUUUUGUGGCGCUAGAUACCAUGGAAUACAGGAUCAGAGUCACUGUGGGGUCAAAUGCUGGCUCAGCCUUCACUGUGAUCAGUUCUGACCUCACCAACUUCUGUGAUGGUCAGCCCCACACAUACCUCUUCCAACUGACCGCCUCUGGGGUGCAGAUCCAGGUGGACAGUAGCCCCAACAUGGUGUCCUCCUACCCAGCUGGCUUCACCAUGCCAACAAUAGCAAACGGAAUAGCUGCAGUCGGGGGACUUCAUGUCCAAGGACUAGCCUUCCAGACACAAGUAUCACAAAUCAGCAUGCAAGGCUGUGUGCAGAGAGUUGUGGUCAACAGUGUCAACGUUGACCCCACACAACACUUGUCUACCAGUGCCAGCGCAGCCCUGGCGUGUAGCGUGUAACAGACUGGUCGACUUAUCUAAACAUACACCUACACAA